CUCUCUCUCUCUCUCACACACACAUACACACACAUACACACACUAUACUAUCUCUCUCUACACUCUCUCUCACUCGUCCCCUUCCCUCCAUAUACAAAUAGAAAACACUCCCCUUUCCCUCCAUUCCCCCUCUCUCAAACCCAUCUCUCUCUCUCUCUCUCUCUCUCUCUCUCUCUCUCUCUCUCCUUCUUCUUCUUGUUGGGGUCUCCUCUUCUCUUAUGCUUCUUCUGCCAUUGUAGCCUCUCCCUUCCCAAAGCUCGCUCCUUUAUCCGCAGCCAUGGGUAAGUACAUGCGCAAGGCGAAGCUCUGCGGCGAGGUCGCGGUCAUGGAGGUACCCCACCAAACGCCGCUCGGCGUCCGUACCCGCGCCCGAACCCUGGCACUCCAGCGCCUCCUCAAACCCUCCUCGUCGCCGUCCUCGUCCCCGUCCCAGUCGCCGUCGCCGUCGCCGUCGCCGUCGCCGUCGCCGUCCCUUUGCCUUUCGGCCUCCCCCGAGUACCUCGAGCUCCGGAGCCGACGCCUCGAGAAGCCCCCGCCGCCGCCUCCGAGGGACGCGUGCGAGAGGCGCCGCGGCGGCGGCGGCGCCAAGCCCGCCGGCCCGGCGCGGAGGCGAGUCGCGAGCGCCGCGCCGGAGGAGGAGGCGCCGGACGCGGGGGCCGAGGCGUCGUCGCUCGGGGAGAACGCUCCCGAGGCCGAUCCGAGGGACAGGAAUGUCAGGGAGACUACACCUUGCAGUCUAGUUAGAGAUUCGGAAGCAGUAAGCACUCCUGGCUCUACAACGAAAACCAACUCGACCGCCGCCAAUCGCCGCGUACGGAGUUCAGUACGUCGGGAUAUACCGACUGCCCAUGAAAUGGAAGAGUUUUUCUCCGCUGCAGAGCGAAUCCAACAACAGAUAUUCUCCGAGAGGUACAACUUUGAUCCCGUGAACGAGCGACCCCUCCCCGGCCGGUACGAAUGGGUUAAGCUGGGCUACUAGAAAUCCCUCUUCAUCUGGGCACUGUUUCUUUCUCUUGCGAAAGUUCUCCAUUGAUCUCUGCCCAGGGUUUUCAAAGGAGGGCGGGGGUUUGCUGCUUAGGCGACCGCCGCCUCUUCUUUUAUCUCUGUUGUAAAAUUCUAUAAGGCCAGGAGAAUAGAUAGUCUCUAGUGUUUUUCUGAUGGUCUGUAACAUAUGAAAACUGCUGAGUUGCACUUAGGAAAGGAGACAUCAUAGCUUUAAAUUAGAUGUAACUCUUAGAUCAGAUCAUUCAGGUGGGUCUCACAGGGUCAAUGAUCUCUUUUACAAUCAAUUUUAGAUAUGUAUCAGAAGAUUCCAAGUGCUGCAGGUUUACCUACAUUUGUUUCUUCUUGGGUAAAAUGUUAUGGGAAUAUCAUCAACUAAUGAUUCAAGUGUCUAUCAAA